GUCCUCUCAUAAUGGCUCCCGCGAACACGCUGCCCGCCUGGGCUGAGCUCCAGGCUCACCGCGACAGUGUCGGCAAAAACUUCGUCCUCAAGGAGGCCUUUGCCGCCGAUCCGGAGCGCUUCUCUAAAUUUACCCGCACUUUCUCUGAUCCCGUCUCUGCCGAUAUUCUGUUCGACUUCUCCAAGAACUUCCUCACCGAGGAGACCCUUGACCUGCUGGUCAAGCUUGCCGAGCAGGCCGGGGUCGAGAAGAAGCGCGAUGCCAUGUUCGCUGGCGAAAAGAUCAACUUCACUGAGCAUCGUGCCGUCUAUCACACCGCCCUACGCAAUGUCGGCGGCUGGGACAUGAAGGUUGAUGGCGUUGACGUCAUGAACGGCCCCAACGGCGUCAAUACCGUCCUUGAACAUAUGAAGGCUUUCUCCGAGCAGAUCCGCUCCGGCGAGUGGACUGGGUAUACGGGCAAGAAGCUGACCAACAUUGUCAACGUCGGUAUCGGCGGUUCCGAUCUUGGCCCUGUCAUGGUCACCGAGGCCCUUCGCCAUUACGGUGCCCCCGACAUGACCCUCCACUUCGUCUCCAACAUCGACGGCACCCACAUGGCCGAGGCCCUGGCGGCGUCCGAUCCGGAGACCACUCUGUUCCUCAUCGCCUCCAAGACCUUCACCACGGCCGAGACCACCACCAACGCCAAUACCGCCAAGUCCUGGUUCCUCGAGAAGACCGGCGGCAAGGGCGAGAUUGCCAAGCACUUCGUUGCCCUCUCCACCAACGAGUCCGAGGUGGCCAAGUUCGGCAUCGACACGGCCAACAUGUUCGGUUUUGAGAGCUGGGUCGGCGGCCGCUACUCCGUUUGGAGCGCCAUCGGUCUCAGUGUGGCCCUGUUUGUCGGCUUCGACAACUUCCAUCAGCUCCUCUCGGGUGCCCAUGCCAUGGACAAGCAUUUCCGCGAAGCUCCUCUCCGCGAGAACAUCCCCGUUCUCGGUGGUCUCUUGAGCGUCUGGUACUCCGACUUUUUCCAGGCCCAGACUCAUCUCGUCGCUCCCUUUGACCAAUACCUCCAUCGUUUCCCUGCCUACCUCCAGCAGCUCUCCAUGGAGUCUAACGGCAAGAGCAUCACCUCGGAUGGUUCCCCAGCCAAAUACACCACCGGUCCCAUCUUGUUCGGCGAACCCUGCACCAACGCCCAGCACUCAUUCUUCCAGUUGGUGCAUCAGGGCACCAAGCUCAUCCCAUCCGACUUCAUCCUAGCCGCCAAGUCCCACAACCCCAUCUCGAACAACUUGCAGCAGAAGAUGCUGGCAUCCAACUAUCUGGCGCAGGCCGAGGCCCUCAUGGUCGGCAAGACGGCCGACCAGGUUCGCACGGAGGGCACGGCGGAGGAGCUCGUGCCGCACAAGGUAUUCCUCGGCAACCGCCCGACCACCUCAAUUCUGGUCGGUGGCCACAUCGGUCCCGCCGAGCUCGGCGCGCUCAUUGUCUACUACGAGCACCUUACCUUCACCGAGGGCGCCAUCUGGGACAUCAACUCGUUUGACCAGUGGGGCGUCGAGUUGGGCAAGGUUCUGGCCAAGAAGAUCCAGAAGGAGCUGGACGAGCCAGGCAACGGCGAGGGCCACGAUUCUUCGACUGGUGGCCUCAUCAGUGCCUUUAAGCGUUAUUCUAACCUGUAAGCGGGAAAAGCUGCCACGUACUGUGUCCGCGAAGAUUGAAAAGUUAGGUCUUCUUAUCCGUCCUCGAAGACGCUAUUGAAUAAUCAUAGAUAUUUUUUGAUACCACCAUUGAAAGGUCACCUGGUGAU